AUGACCUCUGCAGUGAGGGCGUCGAGUUCCUCCCGUCGUUCUUUGUCCGCGCUUGCAACUUGCACAUCUCUUUCUCAAGCAAUCAACAGCAUCGACAAUAGCAAACCAGCAGUUAUCCUUGACUUGGGAAGAAGACUUACUAAAGUCGGUUUUGCUGGGGAGUUCGUUCCGCGUGCUAUUAUUCGUUCACAAUUCCUGGAUGGGUCGGUGCACGAACAAAGCGCAUCAGCGAGUGAUGAUCACCAGUCCACUUGCCCGAAAUUGUCGGCUAUGGUCAAGUUCUUCCGUAACAUUUUUAACAGCUAUCUUCUCACUAUGCCACGUGAGCGCCGUGUAGUGAUUGUUGAGAGCUUGUUGACACCUACUCAUUUGAGAGACAUGAUCUGUGAGGCGCUGUUGGAAGUAUUAAAUGUACCUAGUGUCUUAUUUAUCCCUUCACACCUUGCUGCUACUUUUCCUUUCAAUACUGAUUAUGCUCUCGUUCUUGAUGUUGGGUACACAGAGUCAGUUGCUGUUCCAAUUGCUGAAGGCGUCACUAUUUUGUCUUGUUGGGAAGUUUCAAAUAUUGGUGCUAGGAAACUAGAAAAUAGAGUUCGUGAGUUGCUAAAGGUGCAUGGUCGUGUAGAAAAAUGGAACGAAAUUUGCGAGAUAAAGGACGAAGAUUGGAACUUGAUAGAGGAGGCAAAUAUCAUAGAGGAUAUCUGCGUGCGAUUCGUCUUUUGCUGUCCUCUUGAACGCGGUCAGGCCAUUCAAGCACAAGGUGCGGAGCACGGUCUGCCAUCAGUGAAAUCUGUUAGAGUUCCCCUCGGAGCCGAUUUCCUCCUGAUUCCUGGAUAUGUGAGAGAAGCUGCAUGCGAAGUGUUCUUUGAGCAAAAUGGUGAUGAUAUAUGUCUUCCAAAAAUGAUCCAUUCAAUUGUUGGAAGGUGUCCAUUGGAUUUGCGUAAAAGAAUGUUCGAGAGUAUUUUGGUGACUGGAGGACCCUCACUUAUUCCAGGCUUUCUCCAUCGCUUGAAGGCUGAGCUAGCCGAAGCUGCUAAAGGAAGUCUAAGCAAGUUGAAGCAGUGUGAAUCGAUUCGCUUCUAUAGAUUCCCGGAUCAGUGUACUGAAGUCUACUUGCCGUGGCUAGGAGGGAGCCUAUUCGGGGCUCUCCAAGACGCCGUUCAGAUGAGAUCCGUAUCUCGAGAAACUUGGAUCGAAGAUCGAAGCAUUCCUGACUGGACCGAUUAUGUUCGGCAUGGCAUUCCAUGUGGAAAACCAGAGCUCGAACGUUGA